AUGAGCUGUGGUAUUGGUUCUGGCGUCUUCUAUGACGAACCUAAGUUAUUUUUGGCAUUUCUGUGCCUUAGCGGUACAGUAUUGGCAGAUUUAACGCCCAAGUCCAUACCAGAUUGUAUACACGCCUUGAAUGCUGCCUAUGGUUAUACGCCACCGGAAGUGAAAUUUUCCAUAACACCCGGCGCAACAGCAUUAAAAACUUCACCUUCUUUGUCUACCUAUGCGGAAAAUGGUAAACUACAAUAUGCAUCAGUGGGCUCUUCACAAUCAUCGUAUGAGUCAUCGGAGGGUAUUUCCGGCUAUUCUCAUGGUGGUGGUCCAGUGCAGUUAACAAAGUAUGUGGGUCCCGUAAAGAGUGCCAGUUAUGAACCGGCUGUUACCUAUGCCAAAGGUGGCUCCAUAACGUAUGCCGAUAAAUCGCCAGCCUCGAAAUUUGCUGCCGUAGUGCCUUCAGGCAUAGAAUUUAAAAAUUUGGUUACCCCAGUCAUUAGUAACAAGAGAGUAUCGAAUGCCUAUUUGCCUCCCAUAAGCUCAAAGGUGGAAACCUAUCAAAGUCCGGGUUAUACUUAUAGUCAAGCUACCCCAGGCAUUUCAAAAUCGGCAACAUAUACUUCGGCUGGUGGUUCGUCGUUGGGUUAUGAUAAGUUACUUGGUGGUGCUGGUGGUGAUUUGUCGAAAAUAGCCUUUAGUUCACCAGCUAUAACUACAAAAAUUGAAUCAUUUACUUCACCUGGCUAUACGUUUUCCAAACAAUCGCCCGGCUACUCAAAAAUCGAAACCUAUACAUCGGGUGGUUAUGCUAAAGCUGGAAAUUUGGAAUCAAUAUUUUCAAGUGGAGCUGCUAAUCCAUUUGCAGGUUCGCUAAGUUAUGCACCCAAGGUGACAUAUGGCGCCCCCACCGUAACAAAACUGGCCACUUUGACGUCGCAUAGUAAUCUGGCCUCAUUUGCUGCCGAACCCUUAUUUUCAAAGGCACCCUCUGCCGCGGUUUAUGCACCCAGCAUAUCGAGAGGCUAUUUGCCUAGUCUAGAGACCUCAGGCUAUAGCAAGUCUUUGGCGGGAGGUAUUUCACAUCAAUAUGUUUCGAAACCAGCUCCAGUUAUUACCACGCAAUAUGUAUCUGCACCAGCUAAAGUGCUCAAUUAUGCAGCUCCAGCUGCCUCACACUACAUUUCAUCACCCAUUAAGGUGGCCAGCUAUGCAUCCGAAAGUGCUCAUCUUGGCCAAGGCGGCAUAUCACAUCAAUAUGUUUCGAAACCGACGGCUCAUAUAACCGGUUAUGCUACACCUGUUGUGGCCAAAGCUCAAACUGCUUAUUUGGCGCCAGCAGUGGCUAAGGUAGCCACAUAUUCUGCCCCUGCUGUGGUGUCCUCCCACUCAUCUGUGGGUACUCUGUCCCAUCAACUAUCGGGCUAUGCUGCUCCAGCUGUGGCAAAAAUAGCUACCUAUACAGCUCCUAGUUCCACACAUGUUAGCUCUUCAGGAGGUGCCAUAUCUCAUCAAUAUGUAUCUAAGCCAGCUUCGCAUAUCACUGGUUAUGCCAGCCCUGCUGUAGCCAAAGUGGCUACCUAUUCAGCACCGGUAGUGGCUCAAGUAGCUAGUUACAGUGGUGGUAGUUCAUCGCAUUAUUCAUCUGGCGGUGCUGGAGGUGGCAUUUCCCAUCAAUAUGUAGCUAAACCUGCUCCUCAGCUAACAGUUUAUGCUGCUCCAGCUGUAGCAAAAAUUGCCACCUAUUCUGGUGAGAGUUCAGCGCACUUUAGUUCCAGUGGAGGUGGUGGUGGCGCCAUAUCACAUCAAUAUGUUUCGAAACCAACAGCUCAUAUUACCGGCUAUGCGGCACCUGCUGUUACCAAAGUUGCCACAUAUGCUGCCCCUGCAGUUGCCAAAGUUGCUACGUAUGCUGCUCCUGCAGUAGUAAAGGUUGCCAGUUAUUCAGGAGAGAGUUCGGCCCACUUUGGUGCCAGUGGAGGAGGUGGUGCAAUAUCACAUCAAUAUGUUUCCAAACCAACAGCUCCAGCUGUAGCGAAAAUUGCCACUUAUGCUGCUCCAGCCGUGGUUAACGUGGGCGGUUAUUCCGGUGGAAGUUCAGCCCACUUCAGUUCCAGUGGUGGAGGAGGUGGUGCUAUAUCUCAUCAAUAUGUUUCGAAACCCACAGCUCAUAUUACCGGCUAUGCUGCACCAGCUGUAGCCAAAGUUGCCACAUAUUCUGCCCCAGUUGCCCCUGCAUUAGUGAAGGUUGCCAGUUAUUCGGGAGAAGGUUCAGCUCACUUUAGUUCCAGUGGUGGAGGAGGUGGCGCCAUAUCACAUCAAUAUGUUUCAAAACCCGCUGCUCAUAUUACCGGCUAUGCGGCACCAGCUGUUGCUAAAGUUGCCACCUAUGCAGCCCCAGUUGUGGCUGCACCAGCUGUAGCGAAAAUUGCCACUUAUGCUGCACCAGCCGUGGUUUCCGUUGGUGGUUAUUCCGGUGGAAGUUCAGCCCACUUUAGUUCCAGUGGAGGAGGUGGUGCUAUAUCUCAUCAAUAUGUUGCGAAACCCACAGCUCAUAUUACCGGCUAUGCGGCACCAGCUGUUGCCAAAGUUGCAGCUUAUGCAGCACCAGUUGUGGCUGCUCCAGCUGUAGCGAAAAUUGCCACUUAUGCUGCUCCAGCCGUGGUUAACGUGGGCGGUUAUUCCAGUGGAAGUUCAGCCCACUUUAGUUCGAGUGGUGGAGGUGGUGCUAUAUCUCAUCAAUAUGUCUCCAAACCAACAGCUCAUAUUACCGGCUAUGCUGCACCAGCUGUAGCCAAGGUUGCCACAUAUUCUGCUCCUGUUGUUGCAGCACCAGCCAUUGCCAAAGUUGCCACUUAUGCCGCUCCAGCAGUAGUUAACGUGGGCGGUUAUUCAGGUGGAAGUUCAGCCCACUUUAGUUCCAGUGGCUCAGGAGGAGCUAUAUCACAUCAAUAUGUUUCGAAACCCACAGCUCAUAUCACAGGCUAUGCGGCACCGGCUGUUGCAAAGGUUGCCACAUAUUCGGCCCCAGUUGUUGCAGCACCCGCUGUUGUUAAGGUGGCCAGCUAUUCCGGUCAAGGUUCAGCCCACUUUAGCUCAAGUGGCGGUUCAGAAGGAGCUGUAUCGCAUCAAUAUGUUUCGAAACCCACAGCUCAUAUUACCGGCUAUGCUGCACCAGCUGUUGCAAAGGUUGCCACUUAUGCAGCCCCUGCAGUUGUUAAAGUUGCCAGUUAUUCAGGAGAAAGUUCCGCCCAUUUUAGUUCUAGUGGUGGUGGUGGCGGUGCCCUAUCUCACCAAUAUGUCUCAAAACCUCUACAGGCCACGGUCUUAACGGCCCCAGCUGUCGCUAAAGUUGCCACCUACCAAUCACCAGCUGUUGUGAAAGUAGGUUCCUAUUCAGGCGCUGGCAGUUUAUCACAUUAUACAUCGGGAUCGGGAGGUGCAGUUUCCCAUCAAUAUGUCUCUAAGCAAGCACCACAAUCCAUAGCCUAUGCAGCUCCAGCUGUAGCUAAAGUAGUGCCUAUAGCUGCUCCUGCUGUCUCUUAUUCCGGUGGUGGUAGUUCAGCUCAUUAUUCCUCCUCCGGUGGAGCAGUUUCUCAUCAAUAUGUCUCUAAGCCCGCAGCCCAUAUCACAGCAUAUGCUGCUCCUGCAGUAGCAAAGAUAGCUACCAUAACAACGCCAGCUUUAACCCAAUAUGUUUCGGCUCCUGCUGUAGCCAAAGUAGCCACCUAUGGUGCAGGAAGUUCUCUACAAUACUCUUCAUCUGGUGGCGGUGUGUCACAUCAGUAUGUGUCGAAACCAGCUGGACACAUAACGGGUUAUGCUGCACCGGCAGUGGCUAAGGUAGCCUACAGUGCUGCACCCGCUAUAGCAAAAGUUGCCACCUAUGUAGAGCCUUCAAUAACUAAAUAUGUAUCGUCUGGAGGAGGUGGGGCCGUUUCACAUCAAUUUGUUUCCAAACCUGCUGUUCAAUUGACCGGCUAUGCAGCACCAGCUGUGGCUAAGAUCGCCAGCUACUCCGGUCAAUCUGCUUCUCAUAUUUCCACGGGUGGUUCUUUAUCCCAUCAAUAUGUCUCCCAACCAGGGCCAGUGCUAGGCAAAGUUGCCACAUAUGCUGCACCUGCAGUUACCCACAUUGCUGCCCAGCCUGUGUUAAGUGUAAAUAAGUACGAAUCCAGAGGUGGGGCUAUAUCACAUCAAUUUGUAUCCAAACCAGCAACAGCCGUAGUCCAGUACGCCGCUCAGCCGGUAGUGGCAAAGGUGGCUUCUUAUCAGCCCAUUGCUACGAUCGGUAAAUAUGAGACCAGUGGUGGUGGUGCCGUCUCCCAUCAAUAUGUUUCGAGAGCAGGUCCCCAAGCUCAUGUUUUAGCUGCCCCAGUAGUGGCUAAAGUGGUUACUUAUGCAGCACCCGCCGUUACCCAUUAUGCUGCCCAGCCUGCAGUAGCUAAGGUGGCAUCUUAUCAAUCUAGUGGCGCCAUAUCUCAUCAAUAUGUUUCGAAACCCCAAGCGACUACUUUAAUAAGUGGACCUGCCUUGGCUAAAGUGGCCACCUAUAGCGCUCCAGCAGUUGCAACACACUAUACCACCGGACCGGCUGUGGCCAAAGUAGCCACUUAUGCUGCACCCUCAUUAACACAUUAUUCCAGCGGUCCCGCUCUAGGCAAACUAGCAACGAUAUCGUCUAGUUCUCACAGUUCUGGCGCCAUUUCACAUCAAUAUGUUUCUAAGCCUACUAUAGGCGGCUAUGCUGCUUCAGGUUAUGCUCAAUAUGCUACCGGACCAGCUGCCCACUCAUAUGACUCCCUACAUACACCAAAUGUUAAUCCUCUCUUUACCAGCUCCAGCAUAGCCAGAUAUGGAUCUAGUGGUGCCGUUUCUCAUCAAUAUUUGGCUAAACCGGUACAAUUGGGACAAUACUCCCUGGGUGGCAAAUUAUCUUCAUACUCCACAGGUCCAGGUUUAGUAAAAGUAGCUACUCCUAUUGUAGGCAGCUAUGGUGAAUCGAAAUAUUCCUCCCAUGGUGCUGUCUCACAUCAGUAUGUCUCCAAACCGGCAGUGGGCACUACAUUGGUGGCGGGACCUGCCAUUGCUAAAGUAGCUUAUGGUUCUAAAUUAUCUGCGGUUGGAGGUCUAAGUUCUCAUCAAUUGGUUGCCCAGCCUUUACAAGCUGUACACCUAGCAGCACCUGCUAGAAUUGUAGGAGGUUAUGGCAAAUUGGAAACAUCUUCUGUGCACAGCUCUAGUAUUCAUGGUGGUCAUGGCGGAGCUAUAUCCCAUCAAUAUGUUUCAAAACCUUUACAAGGUAUUGCCUUAGCUAAAACCGCCACUCUGACUGCUCCCAUAGUAGUGGAUGGAUCUGCCCAUCUUACCACAGGAUCUGGCAAGUACUCAUCUCUAAGUUCAGGUUAUAUAACAAGUGGAGGAGGAGCUCAUGGUUCCACAUCACAUCAAUAUAUUUCUCAGCCUACACUAUUAAAGGGAGGCUCUUUGGCUGCCGGUCAUUUAGUGGCCAAGCCUUUGGCGGCUCCAGCAUUGCAUUUAGCAGGCGGUCAUGGUGGCAUUUAUACAACUGGUGGUGGAGCCAUAUCUCAUCAACAUGUAGCGAAACAUGGCGUAGGUCUGGGUCUAGCGAAUUUACAUGGAGGUGCCUCAGGUCAACAUGGUAUAGCAGGAGGUUACUAUGGAGCUAUAUCAUUGGGUCAUGGCGGUACCUCACCUGCUAUAACAGGCUAUCAUGGCGUUUUAGGUCUGGCCACUCAUGGUAUAUCAGGGCCUGGGGGUUCAAUUCAUGGUCUUAAAGGCAUUUCUGUGGCACCUUUACCAUCUCUAGGUCAUGGAGGUUUAGCUCAUGGAGGCUUGGCUCCUUUGGCUGGCUAUGAUCAUGGUGUUGGUGGUAUAGGACCUCUGGGUGCUGGCUUUUAUCGUUAUGCUCCAGCUGUACCCGCCCUCAGCUCACAUACCUUAACACCAACGGCCUAUUUGAAGAGUGCACCCAUCAUUAAACAGGCCAAAAUUAAAUUGAUGACUGAACAACAUUUAGAAUAUUUUAAUGAUCAUCCCCGCUAUGCAUUUGAAUAUGGCGUCAAUGAUCCCACAACCGGUGAUAUAAAACAUCAGCGUGAGGAACGUGAUGGUGAUGUGGUGCGCGGCGAAUAUUCACUGGUGGAGCCAGAUGGUAAUGUGCGUACCGUCAAGUACUAUGCCGAUUGGGAAACUGGUUUCCAUGCCGAAGUAAUAAAUAGUCGAGAUUCCGUCAAGACUCUUACUAAACGUACUGCCAGUAAAUCAUAAAUUAAGUAGUCACCUUUAGAUUCUCAAUUAUUUUUUCUUUAGCCAUAGUAAAAAAGUCUCAUUAAUUCCAUGGAGGAUUUCCAAACAGUUUGCUGUUGUUGUCUCUAUUAUAUUGCAUCCUAAGCCUGUCAAUUCAUUAAACAUAUUUCCUCAUCAUGAUGUUUAGCAACAACUUUAACAUGUUCACACCUACCCUACAUAUAUAGAUAUAUAAAAACUGGCUACAUUCCAGGCCUGAGAGGUAUUUUUUUUUUUGAGAACAUGCUCUACUCUUAACAGUCUUGUGCCGUUUCUAUAAGUCCACUAGCAUUUUGUUAUUUUAUUUAUAUUCAUUUAUACUUAUGUCAUUUUUCCAUACAAAUCGUAUCUUAUUUCCCGGGGGAUUUACUUUUUUUAUUGUAUAUUUUUCCAAAUUUGGGCUUUUUAAAAUUCUAUUUUUGUAUGUACAUAUAUUUUUGAGUAAAUUUGUUUGCAUUUAAAUCAUUUAAAAAGAAAAAGAAGUAAUAAUUUGUUAUGUGAUAAAUGAAAGUGUCAUACAUUAUCAUCUCUCUCUAUAUAUAUAUUUUUUUUUAUUUGUGUAUAAUUUAAUAAUUUUUUUCUCAUGGUCUUUUUUUUUCUUAAUUUUUGUAAAUAUUUUCUUAAGUUAAGAAUUGUUAAAACUAAAAACGAAUAAAAAACGAAAUUAGAUGUAAAA